AUGCCUGUCGAGUCUGAGGUGUUGCCGCAACCCUCGCGGUUACCACCCGACGAUGCUCUGGAGGUCAUAUGGGGUUUUGUUCGUUACUUCCUCGUGUUUUUGGUCAUUGUUUUUGGCAUCAUUCCUGCUUUAUGUGGUACGGUAUUUCCGCCCUUUUCUGCCUUGUGGGAUGUAUUGUCUGCUGUAUCGCCUUACGCAUGGGGGUCGGUGGGAAUAGGAAUAGGCAUCGCUCUCUCUAUUUUGGGUGCCGCGUGGGGAAUAUUAACUACAGCAGCUUCUAUCAGUGGAGCAGCGAUUCGCGCUCCUGAAAUAAGAAGCAAGAAUCUUAUUUCAAUCAUCUUUUGUGAGGCUGUGGCUAUUUACGGUGUUAUCCUAUCUAUUAUUAUGAUGGGCAAACUGGAGGCAAACACCAGUGCAAUGGAUGAAACUGGAAAGUACACAUAUAAGGCCGCUGCGGCAGGAUUUACUCUUUUUGCCGCGGGUCUAGCUUUUGGAGUAGGGAACAUGUCUUGUGGCGUUGCAGUUGGAGUAGUUGGGAGUAGCUGUGCUAUUGCUGAUGCACACAGCAGCGCCCUAUUUGUGAAGGUUCUCGUGAUUGAGAUUUUUGCUUCUGCCCUUGGGAUUUUUGCCGUGAUUGUUGGGAUUUUGAUGUCCCAAAAGGCGAUGAUGGUUUAG